AUGGUCGGAGAGGCUAAAGAAGACUAUCAGAAAAGGUUGAAAGCAUGGCGUUUUUCAUUUUCUAACAAGUUAGCCUCUUGCACGGUCCACUCUCUCAAACUAGCGUCUUAUUUAGGACAUCCGUCGAUUGAGUGUAUUCAAGCCCAAUUAUUGCUCGUACUUUAUAUGGUCAACAAUGAUCGUUGCACUGAUGCGUGGUGUUUUAUUGGUGGAGUCAUUAAACAGGCCCAAUGUUUGGGCUUGCACAUAGACCCAUCAAGUCUCAAUCCGCACAUGCCUGUCCUUGAGCAGGAAUUGCGUCGCCGGGUUUGGUGGUCAGUCCAGACGUGGGAUGUAUUUCUAGGCAUUGCAUUUGGAUGGCCAGCCGGCGUCACUCUGAGUGAUUCCGAUCUCCCCUCGGAUCGAACGGAAGAAAGUUUAAUGGGACAAGCGCUAGCCACCACUCCCAUCUUACCCCCACAAGGCGUGACGGAGCUAACGUACCAUGUCUUCAACUGGGAGACGUGUCUAUACGCUCGUGAUAUGAUGGAUAGAAUAUUUGGACAAGCAGUUUGGGGCUGGGGAAAAUCAACAGAACCUCAAAAUGGGCCAAAGUACGAAGAGGUCGUCAAGUUGGAUACUACUAUCAAGACUUGGUAUCACCGUGUGCCAGUUGCGAUGAGAUUUGAGCCAGACCCAAUUGAGGAGUAUCCAGCCAAACAAAGUGGCUCCUUUCAGACGCAUAGUAAAGUUUUUAAACCCUCGUCCACCGGUGUAGGCAUCGAGGAUCUCCGGCGGCGCGAGCCGAUGCUGGCCAAACAAGCGCUGUUGUUGUCAAUCUCACAAAAUACGAUCCUCCUCUUACUACAUCGCCCGUUCCUCAGUCUCUCGCUGGAAAAUUCUACCGGGGCCACUGGACACCAAAUGUCGGAGGAGCAGUGCGUCAGGUCAUCUCAAGUGAUCAUUGAAGCCCAACGGUUACUGGUAGAGCUUUUCCCGGCAACUCGAAGGAUGUGGUACGGUUGGUACCUAACGUUUCAUGCUGCAAUGACCUGCGCUUGGAUAUCGCUUCUCCGUACACCAACCCAUCCGAUGUCUGGACUAUCACGAAAAUGUAUCACCUUGGGGAUCGAAACUUUUGAGCUAGCUAUCAAAACGCCCGAGAGCUUACCGGAAAACUACCUUCGUGCUUGCUCUCAGUUACGCGCGAUCCGAAAUUACAGCAAUCGUAAAUUGAAUCCGCCUAAAGCAAUCACCUAUUCUAACCACGUCUUUGGCGCUACAGGAUCUAUACCUUCCUUUGCGUAUAGCCUUGCCCCUCGUACGAUGACCACACUUGCUAGAAACAUCGACAAAUAUCCAAACUUCGCCGAGCCUUCCUCGCGACUGGACCUGGGCAACGAGCAAGAUAUGGUUCUUUUUGAAGACCCGACAAUCUCUUCGCAAUCGUUGACAUCCAACCCAUCGUCUUACCCUAAAGAAUCCUCCUCCCACCAUGAGGAAGCUGUUUAG